AGAGAGAGAGAGAGAGAGAGGGAGGAGUGGACGCACAAACAGCUCACACAGGUAGGCUUCACACAGAGCUGUCAUUUGGACGCAUCAACAGCAAAGGAGCAGGAGCUUAUGAAUGGAUUACCUCCAUUAUAGUGUUCUUAACGCGUUAUUAAGUGCCGCAGUCUUCGGAUAGGGGCUCAUUGCGGGACUUGGCAGAGUUUAGCUGCUCGGAAACGCGUCUCCCUCCGACCUCUCCUCUCCGGCCAGACAGACGCGUCCCUCCGUCGGGGGCAUGAGCGCGGAGGAGCGCGGCCGCCUGCGCUCCCUCUUUCACGCCUACGACGCGGACCAGUCCGGGCGGAUAGAGCGCGGCGAGUUCCGCGCCAUGUGCGGGGAGCUGCGCGUGUCCGCCGCCGAGGCCGAGCGGAUCUUCGAGCAGCUGGACGUCGACCGGGACGGAACCGUCACCGUGACGGAGUUCAUCGGCGGCUUCCAGGCGGAGGCGGCGGAGGCGCGCGGCGGGGACGCGUCCGUGGCGUGGGAGAACUUCGAGCGGAGACUGGGCGAGCAGGUGAAGUUCAUCCCCAGGCACGAACAAGCGGCCACGCUGUACCACAACAUCAGCCUGACCGAGCCGCGACUCAUUCCCCAGUUUGAGAACGUCGUCCUCAACUUCACCAAAGAGAUCAAACAGCAGAACUCGGAGAUGGAGAACCUGGCCCUGGCCAUCAAACGAGCUCAGGACCAGGCCUCGAUGCAGCUCAGCGAGAUGGAGGAGGAGAUGGAGCAACGCAUCCAAGCCGCGGAGCGGAAAGCACGCGAGCAGGAGGAGAAGCGAGCGGAGGCGGCGCUGGGCGACUUACGGAGGAACUAUGAAACUGAAGUGUGCGAGCUGCAGUGCAGGAUCCAGCGGAUGCAGAUGAUAGAAGAUAGGUACAACAGCAUCACCGUGAGGGACGAGAGCUCGGCGCUGAAGAGGAGGAUCGGCGAGCUAACGCUGGAGAACCAGCGGCUGAAGCAGGAGCUGCUGAAGUCUCAGACCACGGUGGCCUGUCUGCAGAGCGAGAUGGACUCGCUGAAGACAGAGCUGACGGACCAAAGCAUCAGCUCUGAGCGAGACGUGGAGCUUAUGAAGCACUUCUCUGAUGAGCGAGACAUCCUGGAAAAUCAGAUUGAAGUCCUGCAAUCGGCCAACAGGAAACUCCACGACACCAACGAUGGCCUGAGGGCCGCUCUGGAGAAGAUCACAAGGUCUGGCGGGUCUCCAGGAGACGUCAAGGACGGGAGCAGGAGUAAAAGCCUGUGCUACUCGUCCCCGUACGCGCUGAUGGACAGGUUCUCCCAGCGCAUGGACGACCUCUCUGUCUACAGUCGACCCAGCUGCGACUCCUUGGCGCUGGCCAUGUGUGACCCGGGCCUGAGGCGCAGGGACAGCAGUGAGUGCGAGGUGGACAGUCUGCCCGAGGUCUACGUGGACAGUGGCCUGUCGACGCUCAGACGCUCACGCGGUGGCUCCGACUCGGAGCAGGAGGCCAGAGGCCACGAACGGAGGACGGGGAGGAAUGGGGGAGACGGAGAAAACUCUGACAUCGAGGCGUCAGAAACCCAGGACGGGGAAUCGGCGUUCGGCUCAGACAGCAGCUCGGUGCUGGACUGGAAGCCGUCUGAGCCCGUGACCGUCGGCGCACCCUCCGCCCCGGCGGCCAGAAAAGCCCUCAGCGCCAUCGCCGCGCAGAACGAGGACAAGGACAGCGUGGACCUGGGCUACAUGACCUCGGAGAAGGCCUACAGGGUGGUGCUGGCCGGAGACGCCGCUGUGGGGAAGUCCAGCUUCCUGCUUCGCCUCUGCAAGAAUGAGUUUAAGUUGAACUCCAGCGCUACUCUGGGAGUAGACUUCCAGAUGAAGACGCUGAUAGUCGACGGGGAGCCGGUCUUACUGCAGCUGUGGGACACCGCGGGACAGGAGAGGUUCCGCAGCAUCGCUAAGUCCUAUUUCCGGCGGGCGGACGGCGUGCUGCUGCUGUACGACGUUGCCUGUGAGAGGAGCUUCCUUAAUGUCAGGGAGUGGGUGGACGUGAUCGAGGAUGUGUCCCAGGAAAAUGUUCCCAUCAUGCUCGUGGGUAAUAAGUGUGAUCUGAGAGAAGACGGCGUUAACUGUGUUCCGACCAGCUACGGAGAGAAGUUGGCCAUGACAUACAGCACUCUGUUCUGUGAAACCAGUGCCAAAGACGGCUCCAAUAUCCUGGAGGCUGUUCUGCACCUGGCCAGGCUGGUAACAAAACAUGCUGCGCUCGGUGAAAGGAGCUCCCAGGCGCUGCCCAGCCUGGACGCCCCCAGGAGUAAAGCCAACCUCCCCUGCUGCUGACACCGCUCAUCGGGCUCAUCGUCUCACCGACGAACAGCUCAGCUGAUGCAGAAAGAGGGACGGUCUCUGCAGACCCUCAGCACUGAGAACAAAGCAGCGCAACCUCACUGUCCUGUAAUUACAGCGCAGUGGAGCAAACGGGUUCUGCUGCGUUUGAACUGGGUCACGAUGUCACGCUGGUGAUAACGAAUCACCUCCACUCUCACUUAUUGUCUGUGCAAGUGCCGAUAGUUUGACAUCAAGAAUGUGAGACUCUUUAUAAACUGCUGACAAGGAGACAGAGACUUAUGGGAAAAGUUAAAGUUAAAUUCUUCUUUGUUGACAUGUGUUAAACCUCAUGUCAUGUUAUGUCAUGUUACCCACAGUGUUACAUUUACAUUUCCUGUCCACUUACUUUACAUUUAGAUGAUUUUGUGUUUAUUUUUUCAGAGAUGUACAAAUAGCAAAUCAUUUUAUCUUUACAGUUUAUUUCCUUGUGUAUUUUUUUCUUUUUUUUUGAACACGUAAUGAAAAUUCUGCAAAUAUCAGAGAGACAUAGCAGGAAGACGGUCCUUUAUUUUUACCUUGGACGUACUGUCAACAUGUCUCAAUGUAACGUUGGAUGUUGCACACUACUUGAUGUAAUUGUUUCCUCUCUAUUAUCAGGCUUCUGAAGGACUUUGUAUGAAAGCACAGUGAAGACAGACACUUGUUGAGCCUCA